CCUCGCAGAGUCUAAGAGAAAAGACUAAGAUAGUUGGAAAGAGCAGGGUAGGUCCUCAAGGAGGAAAGGCAAACACUGGUCUGACCCUGGGCUUUAGAAAUCCACAGACAACAGGAAGGAAGCUUAUUAACCACUCUCCUCCCCCUCCCUCGUCCCCUCCCCGGUGGAGAAUCAGCUCCUCCUCCUCCCAGUCGGUCGUGCGACCCUGGUGCAAAAUGCAAAAAACCACCCGCAUUCCCCACCCUGCGCGGCUCUCCCGAAGGAGGGAGAGGGAAGAGGCGAGGGCGCUGCCCCAAGCGGAGUCCAGCAAGUCUGUCAAUCGGGCGUGAACGUCCCGACGAGACGACUUGGACUUCAACUCCCUCGCACCAGCCGGACACCGCAGGGACCCCCUUUACCUGCCUCUCUGCUGGUUUACAUCCGGCACCCCAACUCCUAGCCUAAUUUCCUCCCAGUCGCAUAAUAUCCCGGGCCCCUGCUCCCGGUGCAGGUGGUGCGAACGCCCCUGCUCUCCGGCGCCCCCUGCCGGGAAGAGGGAAGGCGGCGGCGGCGGCCGCGGACCAGCCGGACGCGGGUGCCGGGACGGAGCUCGGGCGCUGGGAAGAAGCCGGGAGCUUCCCAGAUGGUGCCGCCGCCUCCAAGCCGGGGAGGAGCUGCCAGGGGCCAGCUGGGCAGGAGCCUGGGUCCGCUGCUGCUGCUGCUGGCGCUGGGACACACGUGGACCUACAGAGAGGAGCCCGAGGACGGCGACAGAGAGAUCUGCUCAGAGAACAAAAUCGCGACGACUAAAUACCCGUGUCUGAAGCCGUCAGGCGAGCUCGCCACAUGCUACAGGAAAAAGUGCUGCAAAGGGUAUAAAUUUGUUCUUGGACAAUGCAUCCCAGAAGAUUACGACGUCUGUGCCGAGGCUCCCUGUGAACAGCAGUGCACAGACAACUUUGGCCGCGUGCUGUGUACCUGUUAUCCGGGAUACCGAUAUGACCGGGAGAGACACCGGAAGCGGGAGAAGCCGUACUGCCUGGAUAUUGAUGAGUGUGCCAACAGCAAUGGGACACUGUGUGCCCACAUCUGCAUCAAUACCUUGGGCAGCUACCGCUGCGAGUGCCGGGAAGGCUACAUUCAGGAAGAUGAUGGGAAGACGUGUACCAGGGAAGACAAAUACCCCAAUGACACUGGCCAUGAGAAGUCUGAGAACGCUGUGAAAGCUGGAACUUGCUGUGCCACAUGCAAGGAGUUCUACCAGAUGAAGCAGACCGUGCUACAGCUGAAGCAAAAGAUUGCCCUGCUCCCCAACAAUGCUGCUGACUUGGGCAAGUAUAUUACUGGUGACAAGGUGCUGGCCUCAAACGCCUACCUUCCAGGACCUCCUGGCCUGCCUGGGGGCCAGGGCCCUCCCGGCUCACCAGGACCAAAGGGAAGCCCAGGCUUCCCCGGUAUGCCAGGCCCUCCUGGGCAGCCCGGCCCUCGGGGCUCAAUGGGACCCAUGGGACCAUCUCCUGAUCUGUCCCACAUUAAACAAGGCCGAAGGGGCCCUGUGGGUCCACCAGGUGCACCAGGAAGAGAUGGUUCUAAGGGGGAGAGAGGAGCUCCUGGGCCCAGAGGGUCUCCGGGACCCCCUGGUUCUUUUGACUUCCUGCUUCUUAUGCUGGCUGACAUCCGCAAUGACAUCACCGAGCUGCAGGAAAAGGUGUUCCCGCACCGGACUCACUCUUCAGCAGAGGAGUUCCCAUUACCUCAGGAAUUUCCCAGCUACCCAGAAGCCAUGGACCUGGGCUCUGGAGAUGACCACCCAAGAAGAAUUGAGACAAGAGACUUGAGAGCCCCCAGAGACUUCUAUCCAUAGCGCACCCCAGCACCGUCAUGUCAAAGGAAGGGAAAGAUCAUUUCACCUGCAGUUAAACCCUCUAAAGAGAAAACUCACCACUGGAGACCUAGAAAACAUGUUUUUCUCUUCUCUUCUCCUACUCCUCUUCUUCCAAAUAUAACACUAUAUUCAGAGUCCCCUCCUAGGCCUGCAGACACGAGGGAGUGAACGACUGAUUUACGUGCUUCCCGCUAAGAGUGUGUUGGAGUGGUUUGCAUUGUAAUUUUUCUUUUACAACCUACUUUUUCAGGAACUGUGGAUUUCAGUACUCUGUGUUUUAAAUCAUAAAUUUUUCAAGUUAAAUUUGGCAGAAUAUCAAAAAGGGGGGAAAUGGCAAAGUGAGCUCUAAGAAAAUAUGAGGCUGCUUUUACGAUAUAUGUUCAGAAUAGACCGUAAGUCCUCUAGUAUCAGAAUUAGGGCUCUUCAAUUAAAAAGGGGUGGGAGGACAGAUUUGUAGUUGUACUUUGGUGUAGAAUUCUUUUUCUUGUCCUGCUAGUAGACUUUAAAUAUUUUAUCCCUUAUCUGACCUUGUUUCCCAAAUUAAAGAGAGGAGAGAAUUGAGUGGAGUUUAGAGAAGAUAGAAAAGAAUUACAGUGAUAUAUUUACUGUUACAUAAAUUGCUACCUUCUAAACUUCAAAUAUGGUGCUUAAGGUUUUAUGCCAUGCUUAUCUGUAAGUAUUCUAUUUAGGUAAGAAAAUUAAACCCUCUUUUCAA